AUGGAGUUCAGGUACCCAGAAGAGUCAAAGAGCUGGAGCGAAGAAAUCGAUGAUCGAUCGGAGCAUAAUGAUGAAAGGGCAAGUGGAAGAUGCUACGAGUGUGUGUUCUGCAAGAGAGGAUUCACCACAGCACAGGCUCUAGGCGGACACAUGAAUAUUCACAGGAAAGAUAGAGCCAAGUCCAGCAAUAAGCCCAGUUUUGCUGCUUCCACUUCAUCCAAACUGCUUGACGACCAUGAGACGCUCGACCAUGCAAUUUCAAGUUUUCCACCUCCCAGUUACUUUUCUCCUGAGGUAGAUCACAUCAGCAGCAAUUAUAAUUGCCCUCCGUCCCAAUUUUCUUUUCCUGCGGCACAGUACAGUGAUCAAAUGGAUCGGGAUGCGUUUGGAGGAGAUUAUAAUUGGAGAACGGGUUUGAGUUUGUCUAAUCCACCAUAUGUGCGUGAUAAUAAAGAGAAGAUAGGAGGUAGCAGUGAAGAAGAUGGUCUGGAUUUGGAGCUUCGAUUGGGUUAUCAUUCCUAACAUGCACACAAAUAUUCUAUUUCUACCGGUCAAAUCCAGAGUAUAGAAGCCAGAGAGCUGUUACGCCUAUAUAUAUCCAUAAUUGUACAGCUUCAAAUCUGUCAUGCCUGUGUCUGGUUUCUGAAAUCAACUGAAGGCGAGAAGGCGAGGAGAAGAUGGUGGUUAGCUAUAUAUAUAUUAGCUAGCACGUCUAUGAUCUAUAUAUCUCCUUGAUUAGUGCAUGCAAAUGCAUAGAGAUAGAUGGCCUGGAGGUUAGAAGCUGUUGAGCGAUUUGCCUAAAGCUGAUUUAGGGCUUUUUCAUCGAUGAUCUCAAGGUUCCGCUGAUGAUGGUAACUACUAGAUAUUCAAAUUUCUCCGCGUAAAUCCUUUUAUGUUUCUUCAUUGCUCCUCUCUCUUUCUAUACCCUCCCUUCCCCUCUGGCUCAAUUUUCUGUAUGCAGCUUCCUGAGGACAGUGAUCAGGCUAAUCAUAUUGUCACUUAUACAGUUUUGGAGGUUUAAUUCAGCUAUAUUAUGCUUCAUUUCUUUGUCCUUUCCACCAAUGGAUCUGUGCCUUUAAACGUAUUUGAAUAUAUUUAUAG